GUCGCAUACGUAACAAUGGACCAAGUCAUUAAGGUACUUGUGCAGUUUUGUAAGGACUACUGUGGAAAAUCUACUCCUUUCCGGAAGGAGAUCGCGGCAGUUUUGUCGCUGUUAAAUGAGCUGGGGGAGCUGGACUCUCCCCGCUACGUUUUGGAUUCGAGUAGGUGGGACUUGCUCACCUCGGUGCUAUGCCAGCGCGCCAUGGCCAGUCAGAAGGCUACGGAACUUAAAACGUGGGGACUGAUAUUAGGAGCCCUUAAAGCGGCCAGAGUUGAGGGAAAGGUAUUGGUGGAGGCUCGAUACCCUUUGGGUCUCAGCGGAGGAGGUGAGACACAGGACCCGGUCGGGUCCGAUGGGGGUUCGGGAGCAGUUUCUUGCAGGGGCCGAGAGGAGACGGAGCCGCCAAUGACCGUUGGCGGGAUGGCGCCGGCUGAGCCGGCCGCGCUCAGUUCAAAAGAAGACAAACAACAAGAGAGUGAAAGUUCGUUGUCUCGUCCCCCUCCCCCGUAUCCACACCCCUCAGGCGGAACGUUGUAUCCUUUAUCAGAAUUACGUCAGUGUUACCUGACUCAAGGGGGCGGAGGAAGCUGUGAUCUACACGGGCAGGAUCAACUUAGUGCCCACAUGGGGAGGGACCAGACAAAAGGUCCGUCCAAAGCGGACAGGGGGCAUAGCCUACUGUCUCUGGUCACUCCCAGGGGCGGUAGUGCGAGUGAUAGUGUAGAAGAGAAAGAAGGGACUGGCUUUGAGUGCAGGGGGAGGGAUCAAAUGACGGACUGGAAUGGGAUUAGAUCGGAGGCUUUGGGAAAGGGUAUAGUUCCAGAGGCAUUCCGGGUGAUUGUGAGUGAUCGUGGUCCCGAAUGGGUGCCGCCUGACCCCGGGGGUGUUACGCGCCUGGUGGAAUUUAUGGAUAAAAGAGGCCUGAAAUCGCCUCUGACAUUAAAUGCACUACAAACUUUGGCUGCACUGGGGCCUCUCUUCCCCCGUGACAUCACAAACUUAAUGCGUACGGUGCUCAGGCUGGUUCAGUAUACGUUAUGGGAGACGGACUGGAUGGCCGAGUUGGGGGGCCGUGCCGGGGCGACAGGGGUCGGCCCGCGCCGCUCCCUGCAUGGGACCGGAAUACAGCGGCUUUCAGGGAAGGCCGUGGGAGUGGCUUCGCCCCAGGGCCAGCUAGCGAGACUAAGGCCAGGGGAGCUAAUAGCAGCCACAGAUGCAGUGGUGGAAGCGUUUAAUAAACUUGUGCAUAAGGCCGAACCACCUACUCCGUGCACAGAUAUUACCCAGGGCCCGAAUGAAUCCUUUCAAAGCUUUACAGACAGGCUUUUAGCUGCUGCAGAGGGGUCUGAUCUCCUGGUACCGGCCCAAGGGCCAGUGAUCAUUGACUGCUUGCAGCAGAAAUCGCAUGACAAUGUUAAGGCAUUGCUGCGAGCCGGCCGAAGUACGCUUAAUACCUCGGGAGAAGUUAUUCAGUAUGUCUUAGAUAAGCUCAAGGUGGCUCAUUUAACUAAUGAAAGGCUAGUCACAGCUAUUGUCGUAGCUGUUGGCCUGCGACAGCAAAGAUCGCUGCAGCAGCAAGGGCUGUGUUUCCGAUACGGCCAGUAUGGCCAUGUUAGAGCACAAUGCCCCUGUGGGGGAGGCCAGUCAGGGCCUCCUGAUCACAGGAAGGGCUUGCUAAAGGGUAUCCGUGGUCGGGUAUGCAGCAGUUAA